AUGGCAAAGUUAGACGGAGUUAGGCUGAGUAGGGACAACAGGAGCAGAAGUACGGCGAAGUUGAAUGGAGUUAGGCUAAGUAGGGACAAUGGCAAAAGAAGUGUGGCAAUGUUAGGCGGAGUUAGUCGGAGGAGGAGAAGGAUGGCCGGGGACUCGGGGAAGUUGGACGAACGUCAAGUUAGCCGAGGUUCGUCGACCGUCGGUCUGUUAAAUAGUAGUAGUUCGACGGACGUGACAGUUACCACACAAGGGGAAGGGAAUAGAGAAGAUACUUUCCUGAAGAAGAAACCUACAGCACUAUCAAAAUCAGCCUGUUCCAAGAGGCUCCUGCAGGCCUGUGGAAUACGAGCGUUCUGA